UCAUCGUCGUAAUCAUCGCCAUUGUUCACGAUACUCUUCGUCCAUCGCGCGAUCAAUGCAUGUUUCCCGAUAAAUCCGAUUCGUUUCAUUCUCACGCGCGCGGAGGACAGCAUGAAAUCGUACGGAGCGUGCAAACGACCGAUCGUAAUUGCAACGCACGCUCGACUCGAACAAACUCGAUUCAUCAUCCGUUCGACACCGGCGAGUGCAAUUCACGUCGUAGUAUUACAUACGCGUUAAACCUUCGUCGGAGGUUUGCCGAACAUGUUCUUCGUUACACACCGGAUUUCUCUAAUCGAUGACUCCACAAUAAGAAUUAGCCGAAAGCUUCUCGAAAGUGUCUCGGAUUCGUAUCCAUAGUCGUUUCAUAACGAGAUACGCGCUUGCUUCACCUAAUAAGAUUAUUUGGCCGGUGGUCGACGACGAAUACCUACCCAUCUGUCUACCUAUUCAGUAACUGCGGCGGUAAUUAAGCGUGUCCACCAGAGCUACCUGUACUUCCAGCGAAAUACGACUCGCGACCAAAAAUGCGUAGUACUUGUCAAUGAAACAUCCGAUCGUUCGUGGGCAGACGUACGAACUCCUUACGUCUAUCGACAAAGUCGACGAUAUACGCUUUCGCGAACCUUCAAAACGUAAGAUGCAACGUGCAACACGUUGCAGCGUUUAUUUUCGUUCGGCCUUACGCGAUCGUCUCACACACUCCGAAGCCUGUUCGCGGCGAGCCAAACGGUCUCGUUCUUCGUUCAACCAACGUAAGCGCGUAACGACGACGACGACGACGAUAAACUGGUCAUCUUUGAAACCAUUCCAAUGACAUGGACAUGGCCACAUUACAUCAGUAUAUAAUUUAAUUUGCUCAUCGCUUCGCGUUAUCACAAUACCGAAUAAAACGAAUUAACGAGAUGAUCCGACAAAGUUCUACCCCCGCCCGAGUCGAGAAAGUCAGCUACUAUUCUCGUGACUGUAACUGUAAAUAAAUAUCGUCAUUUGGUUUCGCAUAAUACCGUGCAUGGACGAUGGACGGUUCGGAUCCAGGCGGGGUACCUCCAUCGGUUCAGUCGGUCGCGCGCAUCGUACAAAUCGUACAAACUUCAAUACGAGUUACGUAAAAAUAAACAGCGAACAGGGCAAGUCGCGGCGCGACAACGAAAAGUUGCGAGUAAUAAUAGUUUAUCACGGAAAUUACACGAAGAAUACGCGUCACGCGACGUAGCCAGCAGUAUUAAGAGUCACGUACGAGAUCGCAUCGUUCGGACGCGUUCCUGCUAAAUUUCGCAAAUAUUUUGAAAAACCAUCAUUCCGUCCGAGCUGUCUCGCAAUAGAUCCUUGGAAAAGAUUGCAUACAUACAGUCAAUCGUGCACAGCAACUGUAGACUAGUCUCAAGUACUCGCCCAUACGAUAGCGUGCAUACGAUCACAUAACAGUCGGGUGAUAAAACUUUAUUCGUAAAUUUCCGUACGCCGCACGCACAGUAGUCAUUCACACACACGCACACACGCACACACGCACGCAUACACGUACUAUAUGUACCAACAACGAAAGAAAUCGACGGAUAUCAAUUGGAAUUUUAAGAGAUCCAUUCGAGCUAUAAAUACACGCACGUAUUUAUAGCGUCUCGGUCCGCGAUGAAAUAAAAAUGGGUUCUCCGCCGAGAACCCGGUCCAGCCUAGGAUAUUUACAAACUGUACACAGCAUUUUUAUUUAUCACCACCGUCGACGCGGACGUUGACCGGGCGGCGAUAAAGAUCAAUUUCGUCGGAGGCGGCGGCGGCGGCGGCGACGGCGGCGGUGGCUCAGUUUAUUUUUCGCCGAACCAACUCGUAGCACGAGAUGAUCGACAUUUCUAAUCGGCGAACGAGACAGGAAUUCUGAUUCCAUCGCACAUCUGACCGAAGUUUAGUAACAACGAGAGUCUACUAUCUUUCUUUGGAAUAUUACAUGGGUAGAACCCUUCAAAAUACCAUGAUCAAUUUGGGCAUCCAAGGCGCCUGCGACGAGGCCAUGUAUCAGAUGGGCUUGGACAUCGAGGAACUGGAGGAACUGGAAGAAGACGCGGGCCUGGGAAACGGAGGUUUGGGAAGACUGGCAGCUUGCUUCUUAGACAGCAUGGCUACUCUCGGUUUAGCCGCGUACGGAUACGGUAUUCGAUACGAAUACGGCAUAUUCGCCCAGAAAAUUCGAAACGGAGAGCAAGUAGAGGAAUCGGACGAUUGGUUACGUUACGGGAAUCCAUGGGAGAAGGCCAGGCCGGAAUUCAUGCUUCCAGUCAAUUUCUACGGACAAGUGAUCGACACCCCCGAGGGCAAGAAAUGGAUAAACACGCAAGUGGUUUUCGCGAUGCCUUACGACAAUCCUGUUCCCGGAUAUAAAAACAACGUCGUGAACACUCUCAGAUUGUGGUCUGCCAAGUCUCCCGUCGGAUUUAAUUUGAAAUUUUUCAAUGACGGCGAUUACAUCCAAGCUGUACUCGAUCGUAACUUGGCGGAGAACAUAUCCAGAGUGCUGUACCCAAACGACAAUUUCUUCGAGGGUAAAGAGUUACGUUUGAAACAAGAGUAUUUCAUGGUCGCAGCUACGCUUCAAGACAUCAUACGCAGGUACAAAGCGAGCAAAUUCGGCUCGAGGGAGCAUCACAGGACGGACUUUGAUCUGUUUCCCGACAAAGUCGCCAUUCAGCUGAACGACACUCAUCCUUCCUUGGCUAUUCCCGAACUGAUGAGAGUGCUGAUCGACGUCGAAGGGCUCUCCUGGGAAAAAGCUUGGGAGAUCACGACGAAAACGUGCGCCUAUACCAAUCACACGGUCCUGCCGGAAGCGUUGGAAAGAUGGCCAACGAGCUUGCUGGAAAGCAUACUACCCCGGCAUCUGCAGAUCAUAUAUCACAUCAAUUUCCUUCACUUGCAAGAGGUCUCCGCCAAAUGGCCGGGAGACCUCAAUCGUCUUCGUCGCAUGUCCCUGAUCGAGGAAGACGGCGAGAAGAGGGUGAACAUGGCUCAUCUGUCGAUCGUCGGUAGUCACGCUAUCAACGGUGUCGCAGCGUUGCACACGGAAAUCCUGAAAAACGGAGUGUUCAAAGAUUUCUACGAAAUGAACCCCGGUAAGUUUCAAAACAAGACGAACGGCAUCACUCCGAGAAGAUGGCUCCUUCUCUGUAAUCCGAACCUGUCGGACAUCAUCGAGGAAAGAAUCGGCAGCGACUGGACCGUACAUUUGGAACAGCUCGCUCAAUUGAAACAGUGGGCCAAGGAUCCGGUGUUCCAGCGCAGCAUCAUAAAAGUGAAACAAGAGAACAAAAUGAGAGUAGCGCAGAUCCUGGAGAAAGAUUACGGCGUCAAGGUGAAUCCUGCCUCUAUCUUCGACAUCCAGGUGAAGCGAAUACACGAAUACAAGAGGCAACUUCUGAACUGUUUGCACGUAAUCACGUUGUACAACAGGAUAAAAAAGGAUCCAACCGCACCGUUCGUUCCGCGAACAGUGAUGAUAGGAGGAAAGGCCGCGCCCGGUUAUUACUCGGCUAAACAAAUCAUCAAGCUGAUCUGCAGCGUGGGAAACGUCGUAAACAACGAUCCCAUCGUCGGUGACAAGUUGAAAUUAAUUUUCUUGGAAAAUUAUCGAGUCACACUGGCGGAAAAGAUCAUUCCGGCGGCCGAUCUCAGCGAACAGAUCUCCACCGCCGGUACGGAAGCCUCCGGUACAGGAAACAUGAAGUUCAUGUUGAACGGCGCGUUGACGAUCGGUACGUUGGACGGUGCCAACGUGGAAAUGGCGGAAGAAAUGGGCAAAGAGAACAUAUUCAUCUUCGGUAUGACCGUCGACGAGGUGGAAGCGUUGAAGAAGAAGGGAUACAACGCAUACGAUUAUUACAACAGGAUCCCGGAGUUGAAACAGUGCAUCGAUCAAAUCCAGGGUGGUUUCUUCAGCCCGAACAAUCCGGACGAGUUCAAAGGCAUCGCGGACAUCCUACUGAAUUGGGACAGAUUCUAUUCAUUGGCCGAUUACGAGAGCUACAUUCGAAUGCAGGAUCACGUCGGCAAGGUGUACCAGGACGAGAGCAAGUGGGUAGAAAUGGCGAUACAGAACAUAGCUUCGUCCGGAAAAUUUUCGUCGGACCGUACGAUCGAGGAAUACGCUCGAGAAAUUUGGGGCGUCGAGCCGAGCUGGCAACGACUACCCGCACCUCACGAGCCACGAGACAUUUAAACGACGCGUCGUCGUCGCCGUCGCUACACUCGUCGAUCCACGCGGUCGUUCUUCGUCGCGCUCCUCGCUGCUACUAACACAACCACUCUCGUACGUUUCAACUCUCUCUCGGUCAAGCGGUGGUGGACAAAGAAAGAAAAGAUCUUCGAUCCCGUUCGAACGGGUGCAGCGUGCGGCGCGCGGAGCGCGGCGCGAGUAAUCUUUGCCUUCGACGGCAACGACCGAAACUCGGCCACGAUCCGUCAUUGGUCGUCGCCGGGUGUCGAUGCAAUUUUAAUUCGCGCGCAAAGUACAGAGUAAAUCGUUCUCGCCGAACGAAGCAACACACACACACACACACAGAGGUACUGCCCCGAAACACCCAGUCGAUGAAUCCGUUGUUCCUAAGAGUUCCCCGUGACAAAAGCGAAAGACAGUAAUUUUAUUUAACCAUAUUUUUGUACUCGCAAAUAAAACCGCACAAUGGCGACAGAAAGGAAAGAACAGAUACGAUCAGCCAAACACACGUACGCAGUCCAGAACAGUAGGACCGAUCCGCUGAACGAGGAGGAGACGAUACGUACAGGACCAGGUCGUCCCACGACAUCGUUUCUACCCCAUCAGAUCGUAUCGCGAACGUUACGAAUUACUCUCAUUGUACAUGUACGUCUUUCGAAAGAUAUAAUUAUUCUUGUUGUCAACAUUUAACGAAAUAAAACGCGUACGUCGCA